AUCAAUCAAACACAUUUACCUGAGUAGGCAGUUUCUUCUAUGUAAUCGUUCCCACCAUAUAUUCAAAACUACCCCUCCAAAGCAGCUCCAUCAAAUUUUCCCGGUUUGUUGCUUUCGAGGUAUUUUCUAAUCAGCUCCAGGAAGACUACAAGUAUUCAACCAAUUCCAUUAUUCUUUGGUUUCUUGUUUGCUUUCCUCCCAAUAACUUUUCAUACUACUCACGACACCCCUUCCUAGAAAUUAAUAUUGAAAUACUUCUUCUUGAACCAAAUCACACGAACAAACAGCGCGGAGCAAGGUCUCAAGCCAUACAAACCAAAACCCAAAACCAUGCUUCGCACAACUGCCACACGCUCUCUUCUAAAGAGCUUCACAAAACUUCCCACCUCUCGAGCAACCUAUUCUAAAACCACCUCAGCCCUCAACACUGCAUCUACCUUCCGCACCUCAAUUCCCAAACGACCUUCUUCAGCACUCCCUUCCCGUCUCUUCUACGCUACCAAAUCCGAACCUCCAUACAUACCCGACCAAAUAAAUACCGAAGAAGAAGCCGCCUUAAAGAAGCAAACCAUUGAACCACAUCCCGAAGCCGUAUCAUUAAAAUCUUCCGUUCGUCCUGUAUUCGAGGAAAAGCCACAUCAUGAAAGCCAUGGAUCGGUAAGAGAUGAUUUGGAAACUAUCAAGGAAACUUUCGCUUUGAGAGAAGUUCCUCGGGAAUCUCUAAUAAUUGGUGCGGCGGGUGUCUUACCCUAUGCUGCUACAUCAGCCUCUACAAUCUAUUUGGCUUAUGAUAUUAAUCAUGCCCAUGCUACUGGACAAGGGAUUUUAUUUUCACCGGAGACGGCUCAUCAAUUGUUGGAUUAUAUUACACCUAUUCAAGUUGGAUAUGGCGCUGUUGUGAGUUUUAUUUCUUUCCAAUCCAUCAAUUAAUGCUAAAUCUCCUGUCAGAUUAUUUCUUUCCUUGGUGCUAUUCAUUGGGGUCUCGAAUAUGCAGGCUAUGGCGGAAACCACAGCUAUCGUCGAUACAUGAUCGGAGUUGUAGCUCCAGCAGUGGCAUGGCCCACUAUCCUUAUGCCAGUCGAAUACGCACUAAUUACCCAAUUUACCGCCUUCACAUUCCUAUAUUUCACGGAUGCGCGAGCAACAGUUCGAGGAUGGUGUCCUCCUUGGUACAGCACAUAUAGAUUUGUAUUGACAUUUAUUGUUGGAGCGGCCAUUGUAGCAAGUUUGGUGGGUAGAGGAAGAAUUGUUACCCACGAUAGACAAUUGAAGAGUUCCGUAGAUUAUAUCAAGGAGGAUAGGGAUAAUCAAUGGCUUGCAUUGGAACAAGAGGAGAAGAUGAGGAGGGCAAAGUUGGCUGAAGAGGAAAAGACAGCAGAGGAAGAAGAGGCGGAAGAUGAAUCUGAGGAUGAGGAAAAGAGUGAUGAAAAAAAAGAAGAUAAGAAGGAAAGUAAAGACGAAAAGUAAGAUGAUAUGAAAUCAUCUAAUGAUUGUACAUAUCCAUAUUACCACCUCAUCUUUUUAUUUGUCCCUCUCAAUCAAUUAAUGUCUGAUAUUAUUAUCAUCCCUCUCACAGAAAAGGAAUUUUGAAGUAUCCAAUUAAGAUGAACAAAUCCACAGCAAAAAGAAUCUUUUCAUUCCAUACAAUAUCGCAUAUCCCCAUUCCUCGCAUAUGCAAAUACAUAUAAAUACAACUCAAAUAUAAUCAAAACACAAUUGAAUAUUUUCUUCCGCCCGAAACCAACACACAAUAAAUAUCCUUCCACCCUUCCUUCCUUCCAUCCACCCCAUCCCAUCCUUCCUUCCUUAUAACCAAAGUGAGUACGAAAAACCGAAACCGAAACGAAAUCAGAAGACUACUCACUUCCUUAAUAUUUGCAUUGCGGCUUAACCUAACCGUGUAUUAAUAUUCUUAUGAUAUAAAUUUCAUAAAUUGUUAGAAAAAUUAGAUAAUAAGAUUCAAUUGA